GGCUUAUAGUGAGAACAUGCAGACACUUCUCAUCAUUUGGCCUGAUUUGCUGAGUGACGUCUCAAACGCCAACAGGUCACUAGCUUGUUGAGUUGCUUCUUGAGACUUCUUUACAGACUUGGAGUCUUAGAGCAUUGAGUGCACGACCGUUUGUGCGGAGCAGCAGUGGCAAGGCACUCAUUGCAAAUGGAAGCAGGCAGGCCAACACUGGCGCCCAAGCUCCUCGCGCAACCUGCCUCCAGGCUUCAAAGUGGCCAAGACCUUCUCAAGUCAGGAGGCUUCAACAAGCCGCCUUUGGCCUCUCUGGGCACACCCGAGAAGUCCGAGGUCAACGCCAACUGUGCGGAAGCUGGUUUGAUCACUCCUCCCAAAGGGUCAUGGUCAAGCUAUCGCCGGCGUGCUCAUGCAGACGCCCUUCAGGCUGCCUUGACGCACAAGCAAGUCAGAAAGGCGCUGGCAAGGUCACCAGAGCCACAUUUGCUAGCGAGGACGAGGCAGCGUUCCGUGCUGUUCGACAAGGAGGAGAAGCUCUGCGAGUUUUCAGUCAUGUCGCCUCACCACGGUGCAUCUGCUGCGGAAUACUCCUGGGAGGAUCUGUCACCUCAACUGCGUCACACACUUGAGUUCUUGCGGAAGUUGCCCUUCCUUCCCCGCACAUACCUUGGUGAUGCCAGGCCCUUUUUGCCACCGUCGGCAAAGCCCACCUUGGUGUUGGAUUUGGACGAGACGUUGGUUCAUUGCUUCCGGGGUUCUUCUUUGCCAGAGGCUUCGCCAGACUUGGUAGUGGAGUUUGAUGAAUCCAUCGGGAUCGGCCGUGUCUACUUCCGGCCAUUUGUCCAGCUAUUUUUGGAGGUGAUUUCCAGGAGCUUUGACGUGGUCGUAUUCACGGCAUCGCAGCAGGCGUACGCCGACCAGGUGAUCAAUGCCCUCGAUCCAAGUGGAUCCUUGAUUUCUCAUCGCCUCUAUCGCCAGCACUGCACGGAGUUUUGCGGCGCCUACUUCAAAGAGCUCUCGCUCUUGGGCAGGCCUUUGUCAAAGUGCAUCCUGGUUGACAACUCUCCGAUAUCAGUUGCCUGCAAUGCCCACAAUGGUGUCCUCAUCAGGAGCUGGUAUGGGGACUUGCAAGACCAGGAGCUCUUGGCCCUUCUGGAGGUCUUGGAGGAUAUGCGCAAAUACAGCAGACAAGGAGGAUGCUUUGACAGAUAUCUGGCACAACGAUAUGGCCUGUACGACUUCUUCCAGGCAAUUCAGGACACCCCGGAGGGCGACUUUGGACAUUGAUUGCGAUUUACUUUGUGAUCUGCAUUUGUGGGAAUUCGCUGGGUCUGUGGAAAGCACGGCUUCUGCUGAGAGGCUGCUGCGCAGUUUUUUUGGGUCUCAUGCUUCGGAGAAGCGAGACAACUCCAAAGUCGGUCAAUGGGAGGCUUUGGAGGGGUGAGCUGCAGCUCACUGCUAGGGUCUGUGAAUUUCACAGCUGGUAAUUCGUGGUUGCAGUUGGCAAUCCGGGGCACAGAUGUUGUCAGG